AUGCUAACAGAGACACUUGCUGACGGUCAGAGACCUGCCGACGACGAGGAGGAAGAGGAUCAGUCAGAGUGUUGCCAUGACAACAUUGAUGGGACCAACAAUAACAACAACCGUCGCAAGACGGUGUGUCCGGCUGCAGGUGAACACCCUCUACAGUAUAACUACACCUUCUGGUACAGCAGAAGAACUCCGAGUCGUCCUGCCAGCACGCAGAGUUACGAACAAAACAUCCGACAGAUCGGCACCGUGGCGUCGGUGGAGCAGUUCUGGAGGUUUUACAGUCACCUGGUCCGUCCAGGUGAUCUGAGUGGACACAGCGACUUCCACCUGUUCAAAGAGGGCAUCAAACCCAUGUGGGAGGACGAGUCUAACCGCAGUGGGGGGAAGUGGAUCAUCCGGCUUCGUAAAGGUUUGGCCAGUAGGUUCUGGGAGAACAUCGUGCUGGCGAUGCUGGGAGAGCAGUUCAUGGUGGGAGAGGAGAUCUGUGGAGCCGUGGUGUCCAUACGCUUCCAGGAGGACAUCCUGUCGAUCUGGAACCGGACGUCCAGCGAUCAGACGACGACAUCCAGAAUCAGAGACACUCUGAGACGAGUCCUGAACCUCCCAGCCAACACCAUCAUGGAGUACAAGACACACAACGAUAGCCUCAGGGACAACUCGAGCUUCAGAAACACGAAGAUUUCUCUCUGAAGACGAACAGACGUGUCAGCUGACUCCUUCUGUCCAAUCACAACGCAGAUCAUCUUCACUCUGCUCUGUCAUUGGUCGGUGGAGGGGUCAGAGGUCACCAUGGAGUGUGUGUGUGUGUGUGUGUGUGUGUGUGUGUGUGUUGACUGUGGAUCAAUAAACUGACUGAACUGGAUUGAA